AGGAAGAGAGAGAGAGAGAGAGAGAGAGGUUUCUCCUCAGUAGUUCGCUCUCUCAUUCUGACAACAGCAGCCGUUUCCCCCCUGCUCCGCUGUGCAGAGACUCCACCAGCACUGUGCAGCUGUUUUCAGCAAAUAAACUCUGAUAAAGCCACUGCACACUGCCUGGCCAGCACCAAACAGACAACGAGACUGGCUUGGUGAACAGAGUGCAGCAUCUAGCAUCUAGAGACUGAGAUAUUUCUCGCAGAAGAUGGUGAAACCAAAACAGAGCUUGAAAGGAAUGAAUAUUGGAAUAACAUUUGUCAGGUUGUGACAGCCAUGUUGGCAGUGUGUUUGAGGCUGCUUUUGCUCCUCCCCCUGGCUUGCUGUGUCCCCUCCCCCUCCAGACCUCCUUCCAGAGUCUGUAGACGGUGCUGCGACCACCUGGAGCCGCCAGCAGCCACGGGGCAAUAUCAGCUGCCUGAGGUCCGCACUGUUAUCAACAUGACCAUCCUCAAAGGUGAUAAAGGAGACAGAGGCGACAAGGGUACACCUGGGAAACCCGGCUUAGAGGGACCCCCCGGCGUCCGAGGACCCAUGGGCUCUAAAGGCACCAAAGGCCAGGCGGGCGCCCCCGGAGACGCCUGCAAGAUCCCUCACUCCUCCUUCUCGGUGGGACGCCGCAAGUCCCUGCACAGCGUGGACUACUACCAGGCGCUGGUGUUCGACACGGUGUUCGUCAACCUCCACGGCCACUUCAACAUGUUCAAAGGCAAGUUCUACUGCUACGUGCCGGGGAUCUACUUCUUCAACGUUAACAUCCACACCUGGAACUUUAAGGAGACCUACCUCCACCUGAUGCACAACGACAAGGAGCAGGUGAUCCUGUACGCUCAGCCCAGCGAGAGGUCCAUCAUGCAGAGCCAGAGUGUCAUGAUGGACCUGGCUCUGAAUGACGAGGUCUGGGUGCGACUCUACAAGAGGGAGAGGGAGAACGCCAUUUACAGUGACGACGUGGAUGUUUACAUCACCUUCAAUGGAUACCUCUUGGCACCAAGCAUCCAGUAAAA